CAUAUACACCAAGGGCUAACUCAGGUUAAUUUUCCUGUGGAAAACUUUCGACUUAUUGCUUCCUCUUCUGUGUUUGUGAGGGAGAUGCUUUGAUGCGUGUGUUAGGUAUUAAGCGAAGGAAAGUGACAACCUCCAAUUCCAUGGAGGACGAGGCCAAGCUUGCAGCUGUUGCAGAAGAACUUGGGCGAGAAGUCCGGGUAUUCACAACCUCAGCAGCUUCUCCUACAUCAGAUAAGGCAGGCCCUUCUUCGAUAUCUGAUGCUGAGGAGCCAGAUGAUUUCUAUGAAUUCACCCCGGAGGAUUACUACCGAAUGUUAGCAAGCAAAAAGGAAGAUAAGUAUCUGAAGACCCGCAAAAUCCGAGAAGCUGAGGAGGCCGCACGCAGAUCAAGAAUAACUAAGGCGGUAAUCAGGGUCCGUUUCCCUGAUAACUACACACUAGAGGCAACAUUUGAUCCAUCAGAGAGAAUUCAAAGUUUAGUGGAUCUCCUAGCAAAAGUAGUUGCUCGUCCAGACCUGCCAUUCUACAUAUAUACCACUCCUCCAAAAAAGCAAAUCAAAGACAUGUCCAAGGAUUUCUAUUCUCUCGGCUUUGCUCCUGGUGCAAUUGUGUAUUACACAUAUGAUAUACCAAAAGGGGAUGACAGAGCAGCUGUAGAUUCAGGGCCUUUCCUUCGUGAUGAGAUAAUAUCUUUGAAUGGUCUGGAUGUUUUUCCUGAACAGGCAGAAACUGUCCAAUCUGCGCCAGAACCUGCUGUGCCAGAACAGCCUUCUCCUAAUGAUCCAGCACCUAAGCCUGUUGUUAAGAAGUCCGUUAAGCCAAAGUGGCUUAAAAUGUGAGAACUGUGACAUGGGCAAGAGUCAGUACAAUUUCUGAGAGAGCAGCAAGUGGCGUCAAUGUAAGUUAAAGGAAAAAAAAAAAAGAAAAAGAAAGAAAGGCAUGGAGGUGCAACGACUGAAUUUGGCUUUCUAAUGCACAGAGGGUAUUUAAUAAAACCAUGAUUUUUACCAUACCACCAAGAUGUUGUGUCCCCUUAGAUUCUUCAUUUGUAAGUUUAUGUUAUGGGCACUAUUACUAUGUUUUUUUUUUUUUUCUUGAUAGUGGAAGUGAGAUAUUGAAACAUAUUUCGAUGGUCCUCCAUUCGCUGGAAAGGGAUGGAUGGAUCCAUUUGGGCCA